AAAAAAUGCGAUUUCUAGGCUUUUAGACAUCUUCUUUGGACAUUUUAGGGCCUCAAAUUAGCUCGUCAGUUUGUGUUUUGUAUGUGUACUAUCAUACCUUAUAUUAAUUUGCAGACCACAUUAUGUACACUGAUCAUUUUUAUACCGUAAUAUACUGAGUUUUUCAAUUAGAGGCCCAAACCAACUUGAAUUUGCAAUGAAGAGGAACAAUAGCAGCCAGACCAAACUUAAAUGUGCUUGUAGUUAGAUAAGAGUUAUCCUCAAAAGUUUUUACACUCGAUAAAAACUUUCAUUGCGCUGUAGCAGAAGCUUAUGACACGGCGAGCUGACCUCUUGAGGUCAACUCAGCCAUAAGCAAGCCCGCACUGUCCAAUCACAAAGCUCCUCUCGCCCCUGAACGUCCGGGUCUCUGACCAAUCAGAGAGCCUAGCGCGGACUCAGAGGGGGACAGCGAGUACAGAUAAAAUGUUUGACUUCCAUCAAGUCUCCCAAAACAUCCUCUCAGUCCUCACAGGAAUGUCAUCGACCUGCACUUUGAUUUCAACUCUCAUCUCAGCUCAGUCUCACCUCUGGAUACACCUCAACAACAACAACUAACAACGAAUAACUCCUCUGAGGAGUCAACCUGUUAGCCUAACUCGAAGAAACGCAGAGACAGCGUGGCGAGAUCUCCCAACAAUCAACAGUUAUUUCGUGGGAUUACAAGGGACAAGAAAGAGGGGCAGCUGUGUUGGGAACUCUUACCUGACAGAGGGUCAGGGAUCAUGACAGCGUUAGCAGGAGGUUUACCGAGAAUGAUGAGACCGACUCCUCACCAGAACUAUCCCCGGGGAGGAUACUCUCUGGAAGGUAGGACACACACACACACACUCUCUCUCUCUCUCUCCCUCUCUUUUACACUCACACACACCAGUUGCUGCUGGAAAGUCGAAUAAAAACUUUUACACAAUGCAGAAAAAGUGACUUAAAACUUUAAAUUACGCAUCAGCCUAUUAUGCCUACUGACAAGUUUAUUCUUAUUUUAGAUUUUAUUAAAGGAAAAAGAAGAAGAAAAUCACAUCCUGCGUUCAGUUUACAUUUCUAUAUUUAAUGUUUUUAUUUUAUUGUGAACAUAAUUUUGUUCAUUUCAUAUCCAAUAACAUUUAAGAGGCCCGUAUUACUUCAUAACUUGAUAACUUUGAACAGGUUUUUACUAUUUAUGGUUUAUUUGCAAGAAUACCAAUAUCAUUAUGAUUGGAGGGACCAUUUGGAUAAUAAUCUGGUUUUCUAGUUUCGUUAUUAAAACAAUUGUAUUGAUUUUUACAGAAUCAUAAACUUCAAUUGGAUAAUAAUAAGUAAUAUCUAUUUGAACUCUUAGGAUCUUUGUGAACCCAGAAAAUAUCCAGACUUUUUCCUACAGUAUUUGAAAUGCAAAGUCUAUUAAAAUACAAGAACAAAAAAAAAAUCAAAAUUUCUGUCAUCCACUUUGGCUCUACACUAACUGAUAUGUCCCACGCACUGCUGCUUGCCCAGUGUCCACUCCGUUAGGACAGGGUCGUGUCAACCAGCUCGGUGGAGUCUUCAUAAACGGCAGACCUCUUCCCAACCACAUCCGACAUAAAAUCGUGGAGAUGGCCCAUCACGGUGUCCGUCCGUGCGUUAUCUCCCGCCAGCUGCGAGUGUCCCACGGCUGCGUGUCCAAAAUCCUCUGUCGGUACCAGGAGACAGGCUCCAUCAGGCCGGGGGCUAUCGGAGGAAGCAAGCCAAAGGUGAGAGAAAAAGUGACAUUAGAUGUUUCAUAAAAAAACAAAAAAAUGGGAUUCAGCAAAAGAGUGAAGAUACGAGAUUAAAUUUGUGAAGAUUUAUUUUUAACUCACAGAAAAUGAAACUUUCAAGGAUGGAGAAACAUCACUUUAAUUUUGGCUGAUUGUUCUACAAGUUUGUGAUCCUUAAGCUUUGAGACAUUUGUGAAAAAAUAUUUUGGAAAUUAACAUCUUUAACUUUAACCUGUCCUCUGUGUCGUCUUUUAUCUAUGCAACAAUUUGUUUAGGAGGCCGAGAAAUCAUAAACUGACUCUUCUCCUUUCUCUUUUCCCUCCUCUCACCAAAGCAAACUUCUUCUCCAGAGGUGGACAAGAAAAUCGAAGAGUACAAGAGAGAGAACCCGGGCAUGUUCAGCUGGGAGAUCAGGGACAAAUUAUUGAAAGAUGGAAUCUGCGACAGGAACAACGUGCCCUCAGGUGGGUAGAACUUUCUGGGCCUUUUUAAUGAAGCCUAAAUACUAACAACAGUUUAAUCAAAAACACACAUUUGGCACAAGGUGAUAUACAUUUUUAAAUUAGUAAACUUUAUUUGGUUGUGCCAUCUAUAUACUUUUCUAUGAUUGUGAUUUAAGGACACAAACAAGACAUCUCGUGUAUUUUUCUGUUACUUCUGUUCAUCAAAAUGAAUUAAAAAUAUGUUUCUUCUGUCUUUUUUAUACAAAGUGAGCGCCAUCAGUCGCAUCAUGCGCUCUAAAUUCGGCGGACUUGGUGAUGAUGAAGAAGAUGAUGAGGAGGUGGUGAAGAGGGAGAUAGAGGAGAGCGAGCCACGGACGAAACACAGCAUCGAUGGCAUUCUGGGAGACAGAUGUAAGUCAAUAUUUUAUAAAAACACACUCACACAAAAAAGUUGCUUUUAAAAAAUUGCUGCUCAAAAUAAGUGACAAGAAUGAUGGUUGAAAAACUAAAUUUUACAACAAUUAUGAUAAUAAAAAUAAUGAUAACUCCUACGAUUACGCGUUCCUUUAAACGAUACAAACGCAAAUAAAUCAUUUCAACACUUCUUUUUUAUAGGCUUCUACUGACAGCAUAGUUAAAGAAAUGUAAGCCUCGUGUAUAAAGCGCAUGCGUAAAGGCUUCUGCCGUUUAACAAGUCCGCAGUGAUUUUUUAUAAUAUGGAUAAGCAAACAUUUGUCUACCUUCCAAGCCUGAGAAACUUUGUUUUUACGCACAAUCGGACACUUGAGGAUGAACUUCAGCGGACAAAGCAGGGAGAGUCCAUUGAAAAUCACACCUCAGUUUGAGGAGCACAAAAGCUAAACUCCAGUUAUAGCGGCUCAGUGGUGUACAAAAAGACGCCAGCGCCUUUCAAAACGGGCAAAGAAAGGGAAAAGAAAAAGUGCGCUGACAAAAGGCCGAGAGAAGACAUUGUGAACCCGCAAUGAGCGAUGAAUUAUUCAGGGACACCAAUGGGCCCAGAGCGACCUGGUUUAUAGACUACUCAAAAAAGUGUCAAAAAUUGGUUUAUUUUUCUCCCCCAUGCGUUUACAGUUGAUCAUUCAGAUAACGCCACGGUUAAAAAGCACAUUUUUAUGCAAACACCUGUUGAUUUACGACCUGUUGGGUUGUGAGGGGAGAAGAAAAGUAGAGGGUUGCUGUUGGAGACAUACAGCACUCUGGAGUUAAUAAUUGACUUCUACAAAGAGUUGGAGUGUUUCGGAAAUGUCAUACGCGUAGAUUUAUUCCUUUCAUUUGAAGUUGAAGUAGUUUGGUUUGGUUUUGAUUUUACAACUCCCUCGUUGGAUACAUGUUUUUAAAAAAAAUCUAGUUAACGCGUUUAAAUGCUCAGGAAAGGCGUAUGAAUUUUUUUGCCCAAGUGUGUAAAAAAUCACGUCAAGCCUUGCGUAAUCGAAUAGAACGGUGCCGUUACUUUUACGCACGGAGCUUUUGUGGACAGUCUUUGCGCAUGCGAGCGUGACGCCUCCAGCCAGUGAACGCAGGCAAACCCUUCUCUCUCCCCUUCUUCUCUUCACUAGAUUAAAUCCAAACCUUUUCUUUCGCUCCACUUUCAUCUCAGACAAAAGUCCGCCCCUUUCCUCUCCGCCCAGGGCGCACACAUGAAUGCGAUAUCUGCGGGCACUUCCCUCUCCUUCUCCUAGGCCCAGACACAGAUUUCAAGAGUAUUUCUGCAAAAUAAUGAUUACAAAAUUAUGACUAAACUGCAUUACGGAUAAAUUUGUUGGAGUCAGUCUGGUUGAUAAAUAAAUUAGUGUAAAACAUCACUUCUUGAGUGAAUCAAAUUUCUACUUUUACUACUGGCUUUAAACUUUUACAUUCUGUUUAAAAACAACAUAAUGAACAUUUCUCUGGAUGAAACUCUCAGGAAACAUUCAAGAGUAUAAGAAGACAACUCCUGUGACAUCUUGACUUUGUGCACCUUGAUGAUAGUAUAAUAUUAUUUAAGCAAACAAAUAACAUUAGUUUUUCUUUAACAUCAAAUAGGUGACAUCCUAUAUGCAAACAGCUCUGAGGGAACUUUCCCCCAUUGAUAUACAGGACGCCACUAUUUCAUUCUUGUGUCUCUUUGUGGAAGUAGUUGUUGUUUUUCUCUUUUAUAGCUCUUCAUUAGAAUGUGAAAGGGCUGCUUCAGGGACUGAGAGAGUGUCUUCUGGCCAAAUAUUGAUUAAGUAGGUGUUUGCAGAGGCUAUUGUUGCGCUGGAGAGAGGCCUGUUGCUCUCUGCCCCUUUCUCCUCUACCACUAUUGUUGGCUUUCCUUAAGUGCUGAGAUCAAAGCUGACUCAUUUAGAUUUAUUUGUCUGGGAAAAGGAACUGCUAAGGUUUGUGGGAUAAAGUAAACUGGGCAGCCUCAGGUCUGCAUGGCAUUAGCAAGUGGCUGGAGAAUUGUGGGAAAGAGAUGUUUGCGAGGGAUAAAUCUGAUGCUACGUUGUUUGCAUCCCCUUUCAUCGUUGAGUUGUGGUGUUGAAUAGGGUGCAAAAUUUAGAUAGCAUACAUAAACAAGCUGCUUUCAUGUGCGUUAUCACAUUUGUCCAAAAAGGAGAGACAAUCCAACACAACCAACCCGUACAAAUUACUCUUAAUUGUAAAAGCGGUGCAAAAAUUAUGUUUUUGCCAAAAAGUGGCUGUGAAAUAAUUGAUUGCAUCCUUCUCCGUCUUUAUUAAUGUUAGCUCUUUAGCCUCAUUUAACUAAUUAAAGUAACCAAAGUCAUAAAAGACGAGCAGCCACUCUUGCAGGAUUCAUUUAUGGCAGUGGGGGUGAGGAGGGAAAAAAAGACGGAGGAGAAAAAGAAAAGCUCAGAAAUACAAACAGUCAAAGGGAUAACUUUUCUUUAAAGGGAGUCCUGCAGUGCCAAAUUGAAUGAGGCCAGUUCUUUCAAAUGUGCCAUGGUGAACGCAGUCAACAUGUAAUAAUUGGUCUCAUUGAGGUGCAUUCCAACAAUCUGCUGCCAUUCUCCUGCCUCCAUUGUCUGCAGGCAGGCAAAUAGCCAGGGGGACAGGAGGAAUCAAGUGCUGACAAAACAUAAAAGAUUUAGCUGCUUUUGUCAGAGGAGCUGAGUGGGACUUUGUUUGUGUAAAUAAAGUGGGUUACUGGCUCCCUGUGACUUUGGCAUGAGGGAAAUUUAAGGAGCGAAGAGGGCGGACGGAUCAAAACUUUGAAGCGCCCCUAAAAUAAGGGAACAAACUUUUUUUUUUUUUUUUUUUUUUUUGCUCAAAAGUUACUGAAGGAAAGCAAACGACCACAAACAACCAUCUGAUCCAAUUUGAAAGUUCAAGACCCAUAUCCUCUGGAGAAAUUUAAGAACACAAACUCUUACUUCCCUCUCUCUCGUGGCAGAAGAAACUGAUCAGCAUGUCAAUGACCCAUAACUGUACACUCAGAGAAGUAGAUGUUGAAUUUUUCUGUCUUUUUUUUUUUUUGCAUUUCCACAGAGAGUGAGUUAAAUAUUGGAGGUUUAAUAUUGUUGAGUAUUGAGGGUUUAAAGGAAACCAAAACAAGAGACAGAAGGUCUCAAUGUGCAACUCGAGGAAUGUCUGCUGUAGCCACAUUUCCAUUUUUCUCUCAGGGCUGGAUAAUGGCAAAUUUAUAAGUGGGCCUCACUCCGCGUUAGCCUCUGUUAAUGGUGUUUAUAAUGCUAGUUUAACAUGGUGAGGGAAAGUGGACUAAAGUUGAGGAUAUUUUUGCUGUAGAGCAGCGUAGAUAGAUAGUUAAAUAUAAAAGUAAAUAGACUUUUCUCAACACUUUUAUGUUCCAUGCCGGCCGGUUUCUAAAGUCUCCCUCAUCCUCAAAAAAAGAAAGAAAAAAUCCACACUGGCUGAUCUGCAACUGAAUACCGACUCUAUGCUUCAUUAAAGCCUCUUUCUCUGUUGGCACCCGCAUUGUGAUCCCCCAAUAUUAAUUCAAAGGACAAUUAAUGAAUGCAGGCCAACUUUGAAGUAAUAGUCCAGGGUCCUGCCCCGAGCCGGCCCCUCUCCGCUGAUGUACUCUCCACAUUCUCACUGCUAACCCCAGAGACACAGUGAAGUGAGUGAAAGAGAGGCAGCAAGCAAUGGAAGGUCAAGGAGAGGAGCCCCGGCAGAAAAAGAACUCUCUAUUUCCUUGGAAGUAUUAGCCAAGCAAAACUCUGUGAUGGGGAGGAUAAAGGAGUGAGGAGAGAAAAGGGUCGGGGGUGAGGGGGCUCUGCAAAGAGGAGCACAAUGGGAUAGUUAAUUGAGUAAAGCCAGACAGCGUUGUCAAUCACUUAACUUUGUGUAGCCUCACUUUUUGUGGAGCUGUUUCGUCCGGCACAUUGCACAUUAUGGACAUGCCAGCACUACUCUGUUGCUGUUUUGAUUAAUGUCUUUUUCCUCUCGCUGAAAUGAAAGUGUACCUAAAAAAAAAGGACAAAAACGCGCUCAGAGGUAAAUCUACAUUUUUCUAAAACUUGUAAACUGGUUUUUAAAGGGUGUUAAAAUGGGGUUAAAAAAAAAAACUCCUGUUGGAAUGUGAUGAUGGUUUCUCUCUCUGUUUGAGUGCCUGUGAAGUUUUGUUGCAGGGUUUGCGGUGUGCCCGUUAUUCUCGCUGCAGUGCUAUGCAGUAGCUGUGAAAAGGUCAGGGGGGCUAACCUGGGGUCAGUUGACUGUUAAAACUAUCAGGCCCCGGGAAGAAGAGGUUACAAUAAUGUUUAGGGAAAGAUGACAAAUGACUGACUCUAAUAUCUCACCAGGGAGUCCAAAAAAAAACCCUGUUAUUUAAAGAGAGAGUGUGCUGGUCACUCUGAUUGGUAUAGCCCAGCUUAAAUAUUUUUCUCCUGAAGUGGAUCUCUGCUUGUUGCUCUCCAUUUGACUGGAACGUGCAGCAGACCGGCCUGUUGCUUCGUCCCAGCGUGGGCUCAUUGCCGUUGCUUUGUCCUUGCCCCGAGGGUGGAAAUGCCACCGUGAAACUGUCACCUUACCGCACCCCGGUGGAACUAAAUAAUAACCACUGCACACUGGGCACCCAUAAUAGCCAUGAAGGGCCAUUUGUGCUUUUUUGUCACUCCACCAAUAUUAGACAGAGAUACAUCUUUCAAAGUCAUAUUGCCGGCCAUUUCUUUGUCCGUUAAGUGCCAACCUCCUGCGCUUAUUCACUCCAACUUUUCCAUCCAUCCUGUCAUUGGCUCCCUCUCUUUUUCUCUCUCUCUCUUACUCUUUCUGCCCCCCUUUUUUCCCAGGCAGCUGCUGGUUCCUGGGGGCUCUUUAGCAAGUCAAGUGAGCAACCCACUCACUCCCAUUUUUUCCCUUAACUGUUAACCCCAGCUGAGCCCAUAAGCUGUCAGUUAACCAUUCUUUUCCCCCAGUGCAUCUGCUCGCUCUGGCUCUCUGUGGCGUGGCACUAUUUUAUUCAGUGGCCCCGGUUCACACUAUGCACCAUGGCCUGAAAGGGCCCAGAUCUACUUCCCUGGGCAAAUAACUAGUUCAUUUGUCUCUUCUGCCCUUUGUUUUCUGUUGCGAACACAUGUCACCAGCUCAAUUACUUUCUCUAUUAACAGCCCCUGGAGGAAGGGCUAGCCAACCCCUUGCGAGACCAGGCUAUAAACUGCCCCAUAUGCUGCACUUCUCUUCCUCUUUUUCACCGAGGCUCUCCAUCCUUUCCCCCUUUUCUCUCUUUUUCUCUCUGUCCUCCUUUCUUAUUAUCUCUUUUCUCUUUUUGACUCAUUUACUUUUUGUCCUUUGAGCGUUUUCAAACUGUGUGAACGGAUUUUUACGUCUACUCAUACAUGAACAUGUGUGCCUGUGCGUGUCUCUUCAUAUUAACAUCUCUGGUACGAACGGGAGGGGGGGGAUGAAUGCUGCGCAGAGGCAAUCCCUGGCUGAUGCGGACUGAGCGGUAAACAAGAGCGGUCUUUAUUCUUGCAGUUGGAGUCCUCUCUGGGUAUUUCUGGCCUGCAAGAGGCACUAAGGCUGCAGGUGAAGCUAAUGCAACUGGACGUCCCACAGGUUCACAUCUGUGACCUGCUGGGGUUUAUCUUCUCUGCCUGUCAGUCUCCUCUCUUGAUCGAUACAGGGUUCAGUUUAUCUUGUCAGCAGAGAUUUGAGCAUGUGUGUUAAAAGUGUGUGUGUGUGCACAAAUAUACUAGUUUUUCUAUUUGGUAAUCAUUAGGAACCUGUUGAAUCCACAUGUUGAAUAUCCCACUCCUUUAAACGGUGCUUAAUAUCACCCUUCAAACUACUUCAAAUAAAUCAUGUCCACUGUCUAAACUACUUUGUAAUGAGUUUAUUAACCUACAACUCUCUUUGUUUUGAGACCUCUGUAUCAGAGAUGAAUCUGCAGCAGCCUCAAUUUCCGCUUGAGGGAUAAUAAUCUAUCUUUAUAUUGAGACUCUUGUUGCAGCGGCGGCCAAACAGCAAGCGGUUAUGGAGCAUUUUCAGCUCCCUGGUGCUUUAGCUGCAGCGUAAAAUUUGAUUUGGGUGUUUAAGUUAGGAGGUCGAGGCCUUCCUUUGUGGGUUUAAGUAUCCUCUUCUGCUGUUUGUUGCUGGGAAUGUGUGGGAACGACGUCCUCUGAGGCCGCUUCUGCAUUGGCGAGCCCUAAAAUCAAUCCAUAGCGGUUGCGUUGAGCCUUUUUUAGAAAUGUCAAAGAUUUGGAUGCAGCAACGCGUGAAUGGAAGAGUUGUAAGGGACAGGUCCUUUUUUUUUUUAAAGAAUGACCAGCACCCCCUCACACCCCUUCCCCAGCAUCUUCCUCUUCAGGUGCCUUCAGCCUCCCAUCUCUCCAUGUCAGCCUCUUCAACCCCCCAACCCUCUCCCCUAGCUCUGUGCCCCUCAGGCCAUGGAAGGAGGGGAUGAAGGGGUGCUCCCCUGCUGUGCCCCUCCACAGCCCCCAAUGGUCCUUCUCUGGACCCCUUUUGUGCCCCCUCCCCAUCCCCUUCCUCCCACCCUUCAUUCCCCCACUCAGCCCCUGGCCCUACAGCCUCCCCUCCUCCAGCCCCCGCCUACUCCCCUGCUGGGCAGGUGACAGGCCCCUGAAUGCGGGCCCGGGCGUCCCUGAUGGCUCCUACAGAUGGAGCGUGGUAAUCGGCCCAAUAGAGCCCUGCCACAGGCUUUUCCCUGCACCAAUACAAAAGCUCGGCCACAUCACUUCCAAAAAAAAAAAAAGAAAACAAAACAAAAAAAAAAAACGGAGAAGACCAAGACAGAGAAGAGCGAGAGAGGAAGAGAGCAAAAGAGAAAACGUGAGCCAGAGGAUGACAAAAGCAGCACUGUCAUGUGCCAUUAAAGGAGAGUCUGUGACGGAGUGUUUUCUCUGUUGUAACUAAUAAUAAAAACAGGGAGGGAGAAAAAAAAGAAGAGGGACAGGGGCAGAAAUAAAGGAGCAGAAAGAGGAGAGUCCCACCCCCACCCUGCAGUUAACAUGAGUUACAGUGCCAAUGAGGAGCUUUUCCACAGAGGACUUUUAUGAGCUCUUCUCCCUCCCUUAGGAAUCUGUUUGGUUUCUGCGCUGUCAUUGGUGCUUUCUCUUUUUUACUCUUCCUCUCUUUGAAUUUGUUACUUUUACUUUUUUUGUUUCUCAUCCCUAAAAUACUGAGAAUUUAGAAAUUGUCAGUAAAAUAGGAAUCAAGUUGUGUUUUGUUCUUUUCUUCUCAUCUACCGUUUUACAAAAUUACCUCAAAUUUAUCUCAGGUCCUAACUUUUAACAAAACAGACCAGAAACUCAUCGUGCUGUGAUCGAGGAGUUUACAAGAAUCCAGCCAAUCCUCUAUGCCAGCACGGUGCCCUUGGUUCAAAUGUAAUAAAGAGCUCUUCUCGACAUCAGAGUCUAGUGUGACUGCGGUCCUCCAGCACACAGGCAUUCCCAGGGAGCAAAUCCGUGUGUAAUGCCUGGUCAGACACACACUGGCAACCAGCGCAAACAUUUCCUGCUUGGCUCCAGAGGCUCCAGAGGCGAAGGGAGAUCCCUGCUUACCCCCCCCUCUUCCAUGUCUGACUUGGCACUUUUUUAAUUAAAGCUUUAAAUCUGGAGGGCAGAGUAAGCGGUCUGGGGGAAAACAGACGAAGGCCUUCUGCUGCUUACACCUGUCUCUGCUGCUUAUUUCUUCUCUCUGUGUUUAGAAGUUGGGAGUACGUAUCGUCUGAGUGUGGAAAAGGUGCAGUGAACCCUCCUCAUGAGCUUUAAGAGGUCUCUCUGGGGUUGGAUUUGGGAGUGGAUUCCGACUCUUUCUGUCUUGUGUCCAUCUGCGUUUGGACACAUUGUCAUGGACCGCGUUCAUUGAGUGAAAGCGCAUUGCCGAGAUGUAGCAGAUGCAUGUUUUUGAGUGUGUGUGUGUAUGACUGAGAAAAAGAUGGGAGGGAUUGGAGACGUAUAUCGGGCGCACAAUAGCAGGCUGUCACGCUAGCUUGUGGAGCCUAAUCAUUAUUUAAUAGAUGGGUAACCUCCCCCCCAAAAUCUAGCAAUAGUCCUCUGUCUCUGGUCUCCAGCCUGCAUUGAUUCCCUUCUUCUGCUGAAUUAGAUCCCAAUAGCUGUCUCCCAGUUACCCACUCGCUCUCUCCUGCCCUCAACUGAACAAACAGAUUAAGAAGCACCUGCAAAAAAAAAGCACCAAGGGACCCUAUCGGUAUAACGCACAGCAUGGCUAAGACCAAGAGAGACACAGUGUCCCAGGGAAUAGAUGCCCUGGAGGGAUCUAGUCCUCUUUAAUCCAUGUUCAAGCAGCUUCUGGCGUUUGAUCCCCUUAGGAACCACUGAGGAGUUUAAGGAAAGCAGGAGGGGACACAAUUUAAAGUUGCUCAGUACCAUGUGUCGUACUCAGCAAAAUCUAUUGUCUCAGAUGUGUCUAUUGUAUCCCAGUCUUUUCAGUUUCAUUCUGUAUUAGCUUAUUGAGUGGUGGAGUAAUACAUUCCACGAUUUUUCAAUUCCAGCGAGUCAUUCGGAUGAGGGCUCGGAUGUGGACUCAGAGCCAGGCCUGCCUCUGAAGAGGAAGCAGCGCCGCAGCCGCACCACCUUCACCGCAGAGCAGCUGGAGGAGCUGGAGCGAGCCUUCGAGCGCACACACUACCCCGACAUCUACACACGAGAGGAGCUGGCUCAGCGGGCCAAGCUGACAGAGGCUCGAGUUCAGGUUGGGAACACAAAACACAGACACACUCCUUUGCCUCAUUAUAAAAGCCCUGUAGAGCACAGAAAUAUGUCCGCCUGUCAUGGCUGUAUGUCAUGUGGGUAUUAAGUUGCCUGGGGAUGAUGCCACGCAUUCCUUAGAGCCAUGAGACUUUGUCAUGUCUGACCCCUUUCCCCACAUAAACACAGACACACUGCACCCUCUGUGUUUGGGGACCGGCUCCUAUUUUUGUCUUUUUGUCAGUCUCUGCUAAAAGGAGCAGACCUCUAAAAAUAUUCCUGGUGUAGAUAGCGUUCUAAUCUAGGCUUUUACAGCUGUACCAGCCUUCUGGCGUUACCCCCUAAACCCAGUAACUCGCAGUAGCACACGGAGAUGUAAUGUGUACAGUUUCACUCCAGAUGUUCAGAUCUAUAUCAGUUCAGCUGCCUGUAAUGGUUCGGGGAGGCCUCUCACAUGUACACAAACGACCAUAUUGAGUCAUCUUAUUCUUACACGCUUGUUUCUUUUUUUACUUAAGGUAUGGUUCAGCAACAGAAGAGCAAGGUGGAGGAAGCAAGCGGGAGCCAGUCAACUGAUGGCGUUUAACCACCUCAUCCCCGGUGGUUUUCCACCCUCGGCCAUGUCAGGCCUGCAGACCUACCAGCUCUCUGACAGCCCCUACACUCCUACUUCCAUUGCUCAAGGUAGGAUCAUCUGGAAAUGUGUUAAGAAGAGGUGGAGCAAGAUGCUGAAACCAGGGCAGAGACUUUUGUAGAGGUAGCAUUGAGUAUAUGUGCAAUUAACUACUUAAACUAAUACUAUUCAAGUACUAUUCAUGUUAUAUAUAGAUUUCUUUCAACAGUUUUUAAAAUGGGCUUCCAUAUCUUUAAAAAAUCCCCCAGUAUUGUCAUUUAGUGUAGGUCAAUGUCUAAGUGGAAUAUUCUCAAAUUCUCCUAAUAUUAUUCCUCCAUUGCAGGGCUGUUCUUAGAGAAUUUAAUAUUCAUUUUAUAUUUAACAAGAAACACAUUUAACAAGACGCAACAGCUUAGUCAGAGUAAGCCAUAAAACAAAGUAUUCAAAAAACUUAAAAUAAUACAAACUGCACAAACAGUGCAUGACACAAAAAAACAUUUCAAAUUAUAUAACAUUCUCUUUAUCACUGUAAUGUAUAAAGGACAUUUAAAGACUCUUGAGGUUUUAUAUCCAGAUUCACAAUUUAAAGGACUAACAAAAAUGCUAGUAGGACAAAAGUAGCUAGCAGUAACAAAGCGAAAAUAUUUUAUUUUGAUGCCUUUGAUGAGGCAAAUAUCCUACCAUUGUAAAGGAUUUUCAGUUAGUAAAUCAGAUCAUAGAGGGGGGCAUGGCCACCACUGAUCUACUCCUGAUGUUUAAAUGUUCUUACAAAAUUAAACAAAACUUGUACGAUUUGACAUCAAAAUGAGAUUUUAAGUCGUAUGUUUUGUCCUCAACAGCAUCUGAGCAGCCCAGCACAGUCCACCGACCGCAGCCUCUGCCCCCCACCUCCGUGCACCAAACUGGGCUCAGCUCCUCAGCUGGUUCCCAAGAUGGAAGCUCUGCCUACUGCCUCUCCUCUGGACGUCAUGGUUUCUCAGGAUACUCGGACAGCUUUGUCGCCCCGACAGGACACACCAACGCUGUCAACCCCGCCAUCGGCAACAGCCUCUCACCACAGGUUUGACACCACCUCCAUUUUCCAAAGAUUGAUGAAUUUAUUUUUGAAAAGCUAAAAUUAAAAGCAAAAGCGCUCUCCUAAUACUCCCCAUGAAACAGACCUGAACCAUACUUUAUCUUAUUUAUAGAGCCCAUUGAGAGGAAAGACUUCUUUUGAAUAGGCAGAACCAGGCUACUAGGUGUGCAGCCAUCUGCCAAAACUGGAAAUAAAAGAGCGGUAUCUCUAAAACACAAAGACUCUAUGCACAUGUACAAUAUGUGUCUGUACCAAAAUAGAUAUGUACGAUCUGUCACAAACAACACACAUGCUAUUUGAACACAUGCUAUCAUACCUGCAAACAGGACCCAGUUUGACAUUCAUGGCACAUUUGAAAUGCACCAUAUGGAGUGAUAAAGAUACACACAAACACACACUCCUAGAAGGUAUCAUUGCGGUGACAUUGACGAAAACCUUGUUAGGCUGAGAAAUACGGUAGCUUUUCAUUUUUGUUUAUUCUGAUGGGUCGUUUGAUGAAUUUAAAAUGUGGCAGACAUCAGUCUCCGGGGAGUGGAAAAGGGACCGGACAUGAGGACGGAUGUAUGAAUGUCUCAUGAUGACACAAAUCAAAACUGAAAAGACAAUUAUGGUCGAUUACACAGUCAUCAGUGUCCAUCAGUGGCUCCCCAUCGGCCAAGAAGAUGGACUAACAGGCGGAAAACGAGCUUUUAACCGCCACAAAGGGUGGCAGGCCCACGUGCAAUGCAUGCUGGGUACUAAUUCCCAUGAGAGGAAAGUCUCAGGCUCCUGUCAGGCACAGAUAAAAAAAUGCCUUGGGCAGAUUUGUAACUGUUUGGAUGCCUGAGGAUGUAAAUAUAUUAAAAAGGAGAUUUUUGUUGUGGCUGCUGGGGCGCAUGGUCAGUCAGUGGUAGGUAGCGUUGCUGUCGCUUGAGGUAAAAUUCAUUUCUUUGAAAUGUGAGGUUGAGAUUCAGGCAGGAGAAACUGUCUGAUCUACCUCACAGGUAAACUUAUUUAUUUCCAUAAAACAAUUAAAGUUGAAAAGAGAGAAUGACGCAUUAGUCAUACUCCAAGCGUAUGUCCUUCAUUGUUUCAUUGCGAGCCAAAUGUGCGGAUGCUGAAUUAUCUACAGUAUGUCAGAGUCUCGACUGUAGCAUGACCGGUGUGCAGACCUCUCCUCCUGUAAUGGUGCACAUGUCUGCAGUGUGCGUUCACACACCCACAGGGUCACUGACUGACUUUACCUCCAAUAAAGAGGCCAAAGGUGCCGUGGCCUCGUGCAUGGUUUCAGCAUUAACCUCGCCGGGCCUCUCCGUACUGAACGGACAUCUCAUCUUGCGCAGGGACGGCGUGCCUGGAAUGUUUUCUCAGUCUGGAAUUGCAAUCAGAGAAUGUUCCAGUGUGUUAAUUGAUUGGAAUGAAGUAAUCGACUCCCUCGUAACUAAGUGUGUAAUAUAUGCAAAUGACUCACUUUGUUGACUAAUUUGUUUUAAUUCAUGUAUUCAUUGCAGCAGUUAAAAUGUUUAUUGAGACACCGUUUUCUCUUUUUCAGAUGGGGACAGAAUUAAUUUUCUAAUUUUAACUUCACUGAGAGGGAGGAAAUGAGAAUUGAUUAAAUUCUUUGACAUUGAUGGUUAAUACAUGAAGACCUCUCUGCACUUAGGAAACUUUACAGCUUCAAUUUCCUCCCAUAGCUACAUAGCUGGGUCUGUUUUGCGCUAAAUCCUCCCUGGAAUUAUCUGGCUAUCUGAACUCAAGAUCGCUCUAUAAAAGCUACGAUAUCUACUACUCUGUAUCCAGCAGGAGAUUCAGAGGUUCAGUCAGCUCCAGAUAUGGUCACAUUAGAGCGCCACGGAGUUUGGAUAUGGAUAAAGUUUACUUUAGAUAGGUGAUAUUCUUGUCUGGGCAGUUAGCUCUGUAUUUGUAGCUUCAAUCAGGCUGGUGGUUUUCCUGUGGUGAGGGAUCUGUGGCGUCUCACUGCUGAUAUGGUGCAUACCAGAGGAACCCUUUUCUCACCAAGGAAGCGAGCGGUUGGGAUUUGCACCCCCCCCGAGACCUAAUCCCCGGAACAACCUCAAAACAGACACCGUUGAGAACUGCUGCCGCUUCGACAGCAGACAGGGAGGGCAGAGAACCUAAACUACAGGAGUUAACAAGGAAAAUAUAUUUUUAGCAAGCAACCUGUGAACCUUAAAUUUUCACCAAUGACUUUCCACAUUUAAAACUGAUUUUAGAAGCAUUUAGGUUUGAAUACAUGUUUUUAUAGAGAUUUGAAAAGGAAAAAAAAACAAACAUAUUAGGCAUGUAUUUGCGGGUGAAAAUGUACUCAUCAUUAACGUAAUUACAAACUUUGUGUCAUAUAGACUUGUAUAUCUAACAGAAUAGAUCACAUCCUUAGCAGUUAGAUGUUUCAGUGGUAGACCGCAGUGAUGUGUUUGACAGAUGUGUGCGGUGAGAUCUCCUGACAGAGCCUCUGUAAAUUACACACAUUAAAGACACCUGAGGUCGCUUCGCUCUCAGUCGGAAAAUCACUUGUAUUUACAUCCCACAGCAUUAUUUCUUAUUCCUGCUUUUUCUUUUCUUUGAACGAUUAUUGUCUGUGUUUUGAGUUUUUCGCUGAAAUUCACUUUAUUGCAUGGACUGUAUAUCUUGUCCUGUCUUCAACCUCACUUUUCGACAUGUUCACGACUCUGCUUCUCACGCAAACCUGCGUGCAGCUGUUCACGAUGUAUUACCGAUACCCCUUCAACCCCCUGACAUCAGAGUAAAAAAUGCUUAUAUUACACACAACUGCACACACACCUACUGUUAAAUACCCCCCGUCCACACAUAGUGGUAGCUCACACACACACAUACACGCAGACACACACAUACAUAAACACACCCUGCUCCUCGUUCCCACGUACCCUUUGGCCUCUUCACCCUGGCCUCACAAGGACACGGUGAUUUUAGAGCUUCAAGAGAAAGUCAGAAAGGGAAAAGGAGACUGUAUUGUUCUAAAGGGACCUAAUAUAACUCAAGACACAAACGUAUAUGUAUAUGUAUGUGAGUUCUUUAACACAACGCUUAAUAUUUGUCCCUUUUUUAAAAUAAGCCAAAGUCUGCCUUUGCCACGUUUUUCUUUUUUGCAUCCUGUUACGGACAAAAAAAAAGUUAAUAGAAAAAGUAUGUCCAUAAAUUUAAUAGGAUAAGUGUAUCAGACCACACUGGUUAGCCAAAGGAUUGAGCUCUUUAACCAGCUCCUCCAUCAGUCGAGCAGAGUAAAGGGGAACCACAUGUGUGAGGGAAGACAGUGAUAAGUAUAUCUGGCAAGAAACAAGGAGAGAGACGACAUCACAGCCCACCCGAGUGGGGAAAAAAAACAAAAACAUAUUGGUAUGGCGUGACUUUAAAUUUGGCAUUAAGUGGCUUUGUUUGUAAAAUCUGCCCUCUUUACUAAUUUGACACUUUUGAGGUAGUAGACAAAGUCUUUACGAGUGGUUAAUGUUUCCUCUCUGUGUGUCCCCUCAGGUAAUGGGCCUGUUGAACCCCGGUGGAGUCCCACAUCAGUCCCAGAGUGACUUUGCCCUCUCCCCUCUAACUGGAGGUCUGGAACCUAACGGUGGCAUGGCUGCCAGUUGCCACGGUUCCCAGCGUCUAGAGGCUCUACCCGGCCUGACCAGUAUGCCAACCCUUCCCAGCACCCAGUCUUAUUGCCCACCUUCCUACACUACCCCAGCCUACGCCGUGGACCACCACCCAACCUACCAGUAUGGACAGUACAGUCAGAGCAAGGUAUGCUUAAAAUAAGAAAUAUUUCUGUGGUUUGAAUUGUUUUUUCACUUUCUAUCAAGAACAAUUGGAAGAACUAUGGAUUCUUAGGAAGAAGGAUAUCUCUCGAUAAGGAUAUCGAGUUUAUCUUAUGAAAAAAGACUUUGAAUUUAACUAGCCAAUACCUGAUUUAGAUAAGAUAAAAUCAGAAGAACCUUAUUUAUCCCCAAGAGAAAGUUGGAUGAUGAGGAGCUGAACCGCUCUUUUGGUUUAUUUUCUCAAACUAAGGUAAUUGCACAUUCCCCUCUGAUGAGCGUGCCUCUCAGAUCACCCUGCGUGGUGCUGAAAUUACACGAAGUCCCAGAGCUCUAGUGGCCAGGUUCCCUCAGUUUACAUUACCAUCAUCACGCUGUCCGCGUGUCCUGAUGCAGAGGCCUGUCCGUGUCUUAUUCCACGCACAUAUUUUCGCUCACUGUCCCCUCACAACCCCGUAUGAUGAGCUCGCCUGUCCGACCCACGGUGUAGCUCGCUCAGCCAUGUAAUGACCCCGGUGUAACAGAGAUAGCUGCUCAAAUGAAAGGAAAAAGCCACUUCCCAAAGCGUGUUUGACAGCAGGGAGGGGGGGACCAUAGGUCGUGGUGGUGUGUUGUUGGGGCUGAUCGAAGGUACACUUCCACAUGUUGACUGGCCCAUCAGUGGCAACAUCUUGAUGUCAUUAAUUUAGUCUGUCCUGGAAGAGACCCGCAUGUAGCUUUUGGGGGUUUUGGUGAAUUGUGUGUGUGUGUCUGUGAGCAUAUGUGUGUGUGUUUUGAAGGGGGGGUAAGGGGCUCUUUAACAGGGGGCGAUUAUGGCCCUUGGCAGGCUGGGAUUAGAACCAUGUGUCCCACUGGAGGUCAGAUUUAGAGUUGUUAUUGAUCAGCGGAGCACAGCCAGAGAUCCAGGCGGAGGCUCCGUCGACCAAACACAUGAAGUUCAAAGAAAAUCUGAGGAGAUUCCCAAAGUUCUUCACCUGUUUCUUAAGGUUUUAUUAUUUAACCUAGGACCCCAGUUUCCAUUCUCACCUGCUCUCAUCUGCUCUUAAAACACCUCCUCUUUCUGUCACCUCUUAUUUAACCUGUAUAAAAUGCACAGACUCUCUUUAACCCCCCUCUCUCUAUCCUUGCUUUCUUCAGGUGCCUUUCAUUAUAUGAAACCCCCAACACAGCCUGAACAGGAGGCUUCCCGGCCUGUCUGACAUUCAUUGCUAGAGAACAACCCCCUCUUAGUCGCUGCCUUUGCCAAACCUCUCCAGCCCUGAGGACAGCAAAAGAGAGAGAAGUUGACUGGCCGGUUGAAGGAGUUGAGGUUUUUCCUCUAGCAGGAGAAGCAGAGGAGAUGGAGGUGUACGUCGUGGUGGCAAAGGAGGGGGGUUGACUGGAAUAAUUGGGACCAAAGGCAGCAGCCUCUCCUGUUACCUGGCAAUCUUUACUUUGCUUGUGCGUCAGUUCAUGCUCAGAGGACCAAGCACGGUUCAUUGUUCACGCUUCAGGAGGAAAAGAAGAGGGGUGGGCAGUAAAUACAUUCAAGGUUCUGCAUUUGUUUCUUGUAAUGAGUGGAAGAGACUCAAGUCGGGUCGGACUUUAUGAGACCCCUCUGGUGCUUCUUCUCAUCACAGUGUCUUAAAAUAAAUUUACUGUGCAUUGACGUGACUUUGUUGAUGAAUAAGCGACUACAACAGGACAAACACACGAACAAAGGCGGAGUGGAGUCACGGUAAAACCACUGCAACCCAAAGAAAGUGCAAUACAUUCAUACCUCAUGUGACGUGAGUUGACGACAAGGAUCAAACACCCCUGACAAAACCCUCAAAGUUAUGCUCUCUGUUUUUUUUAAUCUCAUUCAUUUUUAGGUUGUAUGCAUUGCUGAAUCAGGGGAAAUCAUCAAGAUAAAAAAAAAAAAUAGUAAAGGUAGCUGUGAUGUCAUUAAGCCAAAAAAAAAAUCUCUACCAGUGCAUACAUGGUUCAUUUUGACUGUUAUUUUCUGUUUGUUUGCAUGUACUGUAUUAAAUUAGUUUUCAGCCGGAACUUGCAAAAUCGGUUCCAUUUCUUAUUUAUUUAGUGUUCAGUUGUAUGUCUCUUCCCUGCCCUAGUAAGUCUUACAAAAUGUUCAAAAUACAUGUCUUUUUUUUGUAUAAUUUUUCAUUUACAUUGCAUAAAAGGAUUUUGUUGUAAUAAGUUUUGUGUACAAUACAGCACUAUUUACUAUUUAUAAUAAACUGUGUAAAAAUCCAGAAAACUGCA